AUGAAGUACCUCUUACGACUCAGGUAUGUUCCUGAGCAUUAUCACCGUGACUUACAUAAGCGUUUUCGUAAGUUAACUCAGGGAACAAGGAGCUUGGAAGAGUACUUUGAGGAAUUUGAAAAACUGAUGAACUCCCUAGAGCUUGAAGAGACCGAAGAGGCCUUAAUGGCUCAGUUUGUUGACGGUCUACAAGAGAGGAUAACCCGUAAAGUGGAGAGGGUCAAGUAUAGUGGCCUCCAUGAAUUAUUACAUCUUUCAGUUCAGGUGGAACAGCAAAUCAAACCCAAAGCCUCGCUAACAAACAGCAACCGAGGGAACCAGCCGUGGCAAACUAGCUCUAGUAGAACCAUUGACAAGGGCAAGGCCGUUGAAGCUGAUUCUCGUCUCAAAUCAAAACCCACCGAGGCACCAAAGACCAACCGACCGGAACCAGGUAAGUUUCAAAACACUAGUCAAGCUAGAACACGCGAUAUAACCUGUUUCAAGUGUCAGGGACGAGGGUACUAUGCACGAGACUGCCUAAAUCAAAGGGUAAUGAUCAUCACUCCGAGUGGCGGAUAUGAAUCUCAAGACGAGCCCGAAGAAGAGCCAGAGGACAACGAAGAGGAUGUGGAAUAUCCUGAUACUGGUUCAUGCACUAACGUGGCAAGCAAGUUCAUGGUAAACAGAUUAGGGCUGGAAAGGAUCAAGCACCCGAGGCCAUACAAAUUGCAGUGGCUUGACGAUGCCACCGAGCUUAAAGUCACCGAGCAAGUCACGGUUCCUUUUAGUGUGGGCAAGUACAAAGACGAGGAUCUUUGUGAUUUUGUGCCGAUGCAAGCAGGACAUCUUUUACUAGGCAGACCGUGGCAGUUUGACAAGGCCACAAUGCAAAAUGGCCGCACCAACUUUUACAGCUUUACACACUUUGGUUGCAAAUACAAUCUAGCACCACUCAGCCCCACCGAGGUCCAUGAGCUCCAGAGCCGAAUGCAACAAGAGGCUAAGUCUUAUAAAUCAGCAUUAUAUAUAUCUACUGGUUUAAAGGAACUUGAGCUUCCACCCAAGGUAGAGGCCUUGAUCAAGCGGUUCGAAGAUGUGUUUCCCGAAGAGAUCCCACCAGGGCUACCACCUCUACGGGGAAUAGAACAUCAGAUAGAUCUAGUCCCAGGCCAGUCGUUACCAAAUAAGGCCGCUUACCGAAUGAAUCCGGAAGAAAGCAAAGAGCUCGAGAGACAAGUGCGAGACUUGAUGGACAAGGGCAAUAUUAGAGAGAGUCUCAGCCCCUGUGCCGUGCCUGUGCUUCUAGUGCCCAAGAAGGAUGGCGCAUGGCUGGAUUUGAAAAGUGGUUAUCAUCAGGUCAGAAUGCGUGAGGGAGAUGAAUGGAAAACGGCCUUCAAGUGGCUAGUCAUGCCUUUUGGCUUAACUAACGCUCCUAGCACCUUCAUGCGGUUAAUGAACCAGGGCUUAGAGGUGGAUGAAGAGAAAAUCAAAGCUAUACAAGAAUGGCCUACCCCUUCCACAUCGAUUUCAGCACCGUCACCACUUACGGCUGUCAUCAAGAAAAACGUUCCAUUUAAGUGGGGAGAAGCUCAAGAUGAGGCGUUUCAAGCCUUGAAGGAAAAGCUCACUCAAGCACCUGUUCUUGUGUUACCCAACUUUGGCGAGAUGUUUGAGGUGGAAUGCGAUGCCUCCGGAUUGGGGAUCGGAGCUGUAUUGCACCAGAAGAAGAGGCCGGUGGCAUAUUUCAGUGAGAAACUCCAUGGAGCCACCCUCAAUUACCCUACCUAUGAUAAGGAGCUGUACGCACUGAUAGAGCAUUGGAAACGUGGCAACAUUACUUGUUGUCCAAGGAGUUCAUCAUUCACACUGAUCACGAGACCCUUAAACAUUUGCGUGACCAAACCUCACUCAAAAGAAGGCAUGCUAAGUGGCUUGAGUUCAUAG